CAAGAACAGUGGUCGAUCACUGUGAUAUCAGCGAAGUGGACCAGCAAAAAACUCCAUGGCUUCUCCUCUAAAAGCGGGAUUUCACAGACUAGAGAUCCAAAAAACGACAUGGGAUGUUCCAGACCGAUACACGUGCCUCAAACCGGUGGGCUCUGGAGCCUAUGGGACAGUAUGUUUUGCAAUUGACAAGAGGACUAAGGAAAAUGUGGCCAUUAAGAAGCUAUACAGACCGUUCCAGUCUUUAAUACAUGCUAAACGUGCUUACAGAGAACUCAGGCUACUUCGAAACAUCCAACACGACAAUGUGAUCUGCCUUCUCAAUGUUUUCACCCCUGAUUCCUCGCUGGAGAAAUUUGAUACUUUCUAUAUGGUGAUGCCAUUUGUGGCGCAGGAUCUUAGUCAUAUCAUGAAGAAGAAACAAUUAACCAACAGAGUCAUCAUAUACCUCUUCUAUCAGAUUCUCAGAGGACUCAAGUAUAUCCAUUCAGCUGGGAUCAUUCAUCGGGAUCUUAAGCCUAGUAACCUUGCCGUGGAUGAAAACUGUGAAUUGAAGAUUCUGGACUUUGGACUGGCAAGACACACCGAAACAGAGAUGACGGGAUACGUGGUGACACGCUGGUACAGAGCCCCCGAGGUCAUUUUCAACUGGAUGCAUUACACUCAAACAGUUGAUGUUUGGUCCGCUGGCUGCAUCCUGGCUGAGAUGAUAACAGGAGAGGUGCUUUUCCCAGGAAGUGACAGUAUCGACCAGCUAAAGAAGAUCCUCAGCCUGACAGGAACGCCAAGCUCAAUGCUUGUUCAGAAAAUGCAAAGCAAAGAUGCCCAGUCAUACGUCCGAUCUCUUCCAAUUCAAAAGAAAAAGGCUUUCAAAGAGGUCUUUCCUAAUAUGGAUUCUGAUGCCAUUGAUCUAUUGGAAGACAUGUUGGUUCUGGACCCGGAGGUCAGACUUACAGCAAAAGACGGCUUGUCGCACCCGUACCUCUCUGAGUUUCAUGAACCUGAAAAUGAGCCUAUAUCAGCCCCAUAUGAUGACUCUUUUGAGAGUCUAGAGCUGGCCGUCAGCGAAUGGAAAAGUCUUAUCCAUAUGGAGAUCAUGACAUUUGAUCCAGACAACCCAGGAGUUACUGCAACAUAAUAGCUUAUCACAUCUGAAGAGCAAACAACACUCCCAAGAAUGAUAGACAGUGUUAUUGAUUUGUUUCUUAUCACAAACUGUCUAUAAAACCAAUGCUAUAUGUUGAGAGGAUUUGAACCCAAUAAUACAAUGUAUGGUGAACUGUUUUAAUAGCUGAUUUUUAAACUUUUACAUUUGAUUUAAUGUAGCUCUCAUUUAAACCUUUUUAUAGCAAACACUUGGAGCUAGCUAGCUUUAAAACCCAGUAGUUAUUGAUAAGUUGUAAAUGUAUUAAACAACCUUUAAAGACGUUUUAAAGCAUUUCUUUAAGUAUUUAGAAAUGUAAAAAAAUAAAUGUUACUUUUUGUGGGUGCAAAUGGCUUUGUACCUUUAAUAACAUCAUGAAUUUUUAUUUUUGCAUGUAUAUUCAAAUCGCUUUGUUUUCUCAGUUUUAGAAAGGGGGAUUUGCAAAAUAAGGUGCCUUACUGUAAUGUAAAUACCAUUAGGUGGCAGCAUUGUUCUUAUUACAGUUUUAUUAGGAGUUACCCAUACAGUAUUAAAUGAUUUUUUAUAUAUCCUUAGAUUGAGAAUAUAUUCCACUGGGGAUCUGUUGAGUAACAGUGUACCUAUAAGUAUAAUGUACUUUGUAUUCUUACUGUUUGUUUCAUUUGAUCUGCUCAAAAGGUUUUCCUUUAGAUAAAUCAAUAAAUCCAUCAACAGCUCUCAA